GUUUUGGGCAUGGCGGGGAGAGGAGCAUGACGCGCCUCGCCAAGAUCAAGCCCGCAUUCCUCCUCCGCAGCAUCCAGCAUCGAUCGCUUCCCUCCCGCUCGAUAUUUUCCACUCCGGAAUGCCAGGCUCUGGCCGUGGAUGCCGCCGAUGAUCGGAAUGCCGCGGUCUAUGGCGCCGGAUGGGAUGCGGGUGGCGCGGCAGUGAAGAUCGGGGUGUGGUGGGAUUUCGAGAAUUGCAAUGUGCCGUAUGGGAUCGAUGCGCAUCGCGUGGGGCUCAACAUUGUCUCGGGCUUGCGAUCCAGCGGAUUCAAAGGUCCCGUGAGCAUCUCCGGCUAUGGCGACAUGCUCCAGCUCUCGCGAUGUGUCCAGGAGAGCCUCUCGGCCACUGGAAUUCGUCUCCAUCACGUACCAUCAGGUGGGAAGGAGUCGGAAUCGAGUGACAGAGCAUUGCUCAUGGAUCUUAUACUGUGGACGAUCGAAAAUCCUCCUCCAGCGCAUUUGUUUCUCAUAUCGGGAGAUCGAGACUUCUCCACAGCUCUCCACAAGCUCCGGAUGAGGAACUACAACGUCCUGCUAGCGUGUCCGGCGGGAGCUUACAUAUCUCCAUCGCUCCUGGGAGCUGCUAGCCGCGUGUGGUACUGGAACAGCCUUGUGAGGGGCGAGGCGCUGGUUGCUGCGACGUCGUGGAGCAUUGACGGUCCAGCUCCGAGGCCGAUUCUGCCACCACUGUUGAAAACACCACCACCACCCUCUCCAUCUCUGGGAGCUAGCAGUCAGGUUGAUAGCGGAUCCAAGUCCAGCCAGCAACACAAAAUUCCUUACUUCUCAACGCCGCCAUUUUCGUGUCCUCCGGUUCCUCCACCAUUCUCGUGCUCAUCGUCAUCGUCUUCUUCGUCCUUCGGUACUGUUCCAUCCGUGCUUCCACCUUUGCCUCAGUCCGAAACAGCUCCUAGUAUAUCGCCAUACUCUGUCUCUUCACCGAAUUUUCCUUCCGUGUCUUCGGCGCCACUCUCACCAUCUGUUCCUUCGCCGUCGCAGCCACCAGCAGCGCAAGUCCUUACGAUUAAGUCGCAGCCAGCAGCAGUGCAGGUUUCCACAACCAAGUCGCAGUCAGCAGCAGCGCAAGCUUUCACAACGAAGUCCGCAGAAACUAUAUCGUUCAAGGCAAACUCAGUUCCCGGAAAGUCAGCGAACCCUGCUCCCGACACGAGGCGUGCUGAGAAGGCCAGCAAAACUGAGAGUAUUUCGGACGUGCUUGGUCACUUAGACACGCUUUUGAAGGCUCACCCAAAAGGUUUAUGGCUGGGAGAUCUUCAGGCACAAAUGCUCUCCCGGAAGAUCCAGUUUGACAGCGAUUUCUACGGUCACAAGAAACUGGUUCCAUAUCUUCUAACUUUACCGCGCCUUGCGAGGGUGGAGAGGCAGCUUAUGAAGGACAACAAGACGUGGUCGUACUUGUUCUUCCCGUCGACGGCUCCAGCGUCGGAUAUGAAGAGCAGCAAGAGAGCCGAGUAUCCGAUGGAGGUUUUAAGUCAGCUGAAUGACCUCUUUCGUCAGUAUCCAAAGGGAAUAUGGCUGGCCGAGCUCCAUGCCCAACUAGUGGCGAGAAACAUACGUCUGGAGCCCAACUUUUAUGGACAUGCGAAGAUCGUUCCUUUCCUGCUAAGCCUGCCAGAGAUGGUGAAGAUCGAACGAAGAUAUAUCAGCGACCGGUGGAGCUAUAUUUUCCUAUGGAAUGAAGAGGGGAGUGCGAAGCUGGAACUUUCGAGAACAGUAUACAGGAAGCAUCUCCCAGUUAAGAGAGGGGUUGUGAUAUCGGCUUCGAAGCUAGAAGGCGAAACUGCGAAGAUUGGUGAAGCUGAUGAAAAUAAGCAAGAAGCUUCUUUGCAAGGCACAGAAGACGCCGUCGCGAAGGUAUCCAAAAAUGCUGAAGCUGCUAAAGAGGGAAUCCCUCUGCAAGGCAAAGCUGACGCAACUGAGAAGCACGAAAGUGUUUCUUCCGAGCCCUUCGUGGAGGAAACAAAGAAAGAUUAUGCUCUAGUAGCGGUAGAAGAGCAGACGACGACACUUUACUCAUGGCUAUCAGCAUCAGUUUCCGGUUUCUUCAGAAACAUAUGCCGAAGGUGGUUGUCGCCAAGAGAUAAAGCUGAGACACUGUGCAUCGAGAAAGGGUGUGACGACGUAGAGAGUAUCCCCGCACAACAGGAACAAACAGAUUUGGAAGCCUCCCCUUCUCAGGAAAAGCUUGGUCGCAGAUCGCGUAAGCGUGUCAAGCGUCCUACUCGCAAGCUGGCUUCCAAAACCUUCGGACUUACACGCUCGAAAGUACUGGCGAAACAGCAGGAGGUGGCAGAUUUCUUGGGAACCUCUCAGGAAAUCACAGCAGAGACACUGGAAUUAUCUGUCUCGGGAACCUCUCAGGAAAUCAUAGUAGAGACACCGGAAUUAUCCGAGCAGCAAACAAUCGCGGACCAAGGGAUGCAUGUAACAUCAGUCUACGCUUAUAGCGAGGAGCGUCUUGUAGAAGACGAAGUGACAAUUCUGAUCGAGCAGGGGGAAGAAGUUCUGUCAGCCAACGAGGACAUUCCCAGCUGUGGCACCGAGGACUAUGCUGCUUUGGACAGGCAAGAAGAAGUUUUCCCGGACAACUCCAGCCGUAGUACCGAAUUCAGUACGAACGAUACCGAGGCUGAAACGGACACGCAACGCGCAGUAACGGACGAACAUCAAGAGCGGGGACUUACUCUGCAGCAACUAUCCGUGAACUACGAGCAGGCACCUUGCACGAUCGGCAUAGACACUAUCGAACAAGACGAUGUAGAUUCAUCCGGCCGCGAGAAGUUGGCGGCCAGUGAAACCACGUCCUUGCCAGUAGAAGGAAAUUAUUUCACUGCGGUGAACGAGAGAAAACCGCCUGAACAGUCCAUUGACACGGAUAAAGUGCUCAAGCUGUUCCAGUGUUAUACUGGAGAUGCUGGAGCUAAAGCACAAACACCGGCUGAUGAUCUUGCCAAUAAGGUUCUGGACUUGCUGGAGAGAUCAAUAAAAGUGGACCAAGGAUCUACAUACAAGAGGCGCUCGUCCAGACGCGCAUCAGACGAGAGCUCAAAUGUACAUAGAAUGACCGACAUCAAUCUUAAGGAGAGUCGAACGAUUAAGGAUGAGGUACAAGACCAACUAUGCCGCUUGGGUCCUGUUUGCCAGGGCCAAGAACUAGAGGCGACGAUAGAAUUAGUGAAGGCCGUGAACAUUCAUGGAAGUAUCCAGAACAAGAACAAGGUUUCAGAAGUCGCGGUCGCAAAACCAAAGAGACAAUCUAAGAAGAAAACGCGUGCAGUUCCCGAAGUUAAUGCGACUACAUUGGAAAUUCCAAACGAAAUUCAAGUACAGGAGAGCAAAGACAUUCGAGGUCUAAUGGAAGGUGAUUUCUUGCAGCCGUCUAGUGCAGCAGAAUGCCAACUGAACGUGGAUUCCGGUGGGCAUCCUAACACACCCAAGAGAAAACCCAGGACCAAGGCUGGAAAGAGCUUGGAGACUCAAAUGCCAAUUCCUGACAACAAAGUUGUGGGAGAAGUCACUACUGCUAAGCAAAAAGACGAUGCUUGCAAGCCACCAAAGAGAUCAUAUAAGGUACACUCUCCAAACAUUCUGACAGACUUGAUGAACUUCUGUGGCCAGAGAAAGGGAGACAAAGCGGCCCCUUAUGUAAACAGUAACAACGAGAACAUUUCUCCGGUAGUGGCAGAGCCGGAGUCCCAAGAAGAGUCACCUCCGGUAAAGCUAAUCAAAAGAAAAGCAAGGAAACAAAAGGAGGUAGAGGCUCUAACAGCAUGACGCGGCUGGAGGUGCGGACAUUCAAUCCUUUGGCUUGUCCACCUCGCUCUGGUUGGCAAAGAGCCUCUCGUAUCCAAAUUGCAACGCUAAGCACAGUAGCAGCGCCGAGUAAAUACCAACCUUGUACAGCUCCUCGCCAGUCGCAAUGGCUUCCACGAUCGUCAACGUCAGCAGUAUGGCUAGAGCGGCAUACACUGUGAUCCUGGACGACGAUUUCGCAGCUCGCUUGGUCACCUUCUCGACUUUCUUCGUCUGCUCCUCCAUCAAUUGGUGACUGGCCGCCGGUGGCUUCCUCGAUUUCUUGAGCGGCUGAUAGAGCGACUUGAAAAAAAGGCCCUCGCUCCUGUCCUGGACGAGCUUCUUCUCAAACUCAGCGAAUUCACGCUCGUCGGCUUCAAUCUGUGCUCUGCUUUGUGCCAUCUCUUGCUCGAGCUCGCCAACAUCGGCUUCCAUGCUCUCAAUCACCUGAGAUAGAGAGAGAGAGAGAACAUGAUAACUAUCGAGAAGAAUCAAAACGUUUUCACCUUGGAGCCAA